AAAAUAAAGAAAAAAAAAAAAAAAAAACAACGCCCAAUAGACAGCGACCAAGUUAGUUAAUUAGCGGCUUGCGAAUCACCUGCAGUCCGUCCACUAUCCACCAUGCACUUCUCAGCCCUAUCACUCGGACUCAUCGCCCUCCUCGCUGCCGUCCACGCACACCCCAGCAGCCCCGUCGGCGCAAACCGAUUCGUAAAACGACAAGGGCAGGACAUCGGAAACACCGCCUGCGUGGGUGCCUGCGUCAAAACCCCAGAGACCUUGAACUGUGGGAAAAAUAUAGAGUUCCGCCCCCAACAGGGAUGCUACAUUUGCUGCUAUUCAAAUGAACGGGAAGGCGGCUUGCCCGUCACCACGGCGGAUCGUGGUGCUGGGCUGUCCUAAGUUCGGAAUGUGGUAAUGGGACCGGGAUCCAUGGAUGAGGGAAUAUAAUGUAUAAUUGAAUUUAAUAUGAAUAAUGGAUGAGAUGGACGUCUAGUCGGGUGUUCAGACGGGAGGACAUUGACUGCUAUUGUCCCUAGUGUCGCUGGUUGAUCGGGGUGGGCGUUAAUUGAAGUUUUACGUCCUAUGCUUGAACCACCACGAUUUCCAAAAUCUUAAUUAUCAGCUACUUUUUUUUUUAUAUAUAACGUCUAGUACGACUGUCC